AUGGCGGCAGGCGGGGCGGCCGAGCUGGCGCAGGCCUUGGGCCGGCCCCUGGGCUGCCUGCAGGAGCCCGAGUGCAGCCGGGCAGGGCGGCUGCGGGCGCUGGAGGCCAUCCGAGCCGAGCUGCAGGAGCGGCCGCUCUCGGCCGCCGCGGUGCAGGAGGUUUUCGGGGCGCAGCUGGUGCGGCCGCUGACUCGCUGCCUGGCGGGGGACUCGGCGGAGCGAUGCCGGGAGCUCGCCCUCCAGCUCCUCUGCCACGGGCUCAGCCACGGCGACCGGCCCGCCGAGGCGCUGCCCGUCCUGCUGCCGGCCCUGGCCCGGCGCCUCUGCCCGCCGCAGGGCUGCGAGCCCAGCGAGGAGCUGCGCCUCGGCCUCGUCCAGCUGCUGGGCCUCCUGCUGCAGCGGUGCGGGGCCUCCCUCACCCCUUACUUGUCCGACGUUAUCCGCAUCCUCCAGGCCACCCUCCUCGACCCUUAUGCCGAGAUCAGGCGUGAAAGUUGCAGGUGCGCCGUGGCCUGCGCCCGGGCCAUGCCAGAGCACUUCCAUAUGCAGUCAGAGUCUCUGAUAAAACCCUUAAUGCAAACAAUUUCACACCAGCACUACAGAGUUCGUGUGGAUGUAAUUCAGGCUACUGGAGCAGUGAUACAGUUUGGAAAUGGAAAGUCUGUGGAUGAUGUUCUGUCUCAUCUGGCACAGAGAUUAUUUGAUGAGAUUCCCAAGGUUCGCCACAGUGUAACAACUGUCAUUGGAGAAUGGUUGUUGCACCUACGGGACAGAUACUCCUAUUUUCACAAAUUGAUCCCUUUGUUACUUGGCAGCUUUACUGAUGAAAUUCCUGAGAAUAUGAAACUGGCUUGGACUUACUGGGAAAAAAUAGGCUUGCAGUGGGAGAAGGAGAAUGAAGAAGAACUGAAGGAUAAGAUGGAUUUUAGUGUUUCACCAUCUCAUUAUCCCAAAGGAGUGACUCGACCAGGACUGGGUUGUCGGGAACUUGUGUCAAGAAACCUCUCCAAAAUUCUUCCAGGUCUCUGCCAUGAUAUGACAGACUGGCUUGAAAGCACAAGAAUCAAAGCAUCCCAGCUCCUGUACACAUUAUUGCUCCAUGCAGAGGAUCACAUAACACAGCACAUGGAGCUGCUGCUUAGAACUUUAUACCAAGCAUGCCUGGAUGAAGAAAGAAACGUGGUUAAAAAUUGUGUGAAAGCAGCAGAAUUGAUUGGAAUGUUUGUCAGCCCCAAGGUGUCGUUGAGAUUAAUCACAUCAGCCUUUGGGAGGACACCCAAACCAUCAUGUAUCAUGGUUCUAACUGCAGUCAUUCGAGGUAGCACAAAAGAAAUCUUACAGCCUCAUUUGGCUCACCUUGGCAGCACACUGUCAGAAGCUGGAGUUUGUCAGCAGUCUGGAGAGGUGGUUUAUAUGGAGCAGUUGUUUUGUUGUGUACAAGCAUUGAUUGAAGUAUGCCAGGAAGACUGCAAAGAAAUUAGCUUGCAGCUAAUGAAAGUUUUGGUGACAAUAAUGGCAACACCAUCUUCUCAGCACCUUAAGGAAAAGGUAGAGGAAGCAAUGUCUUCAUUAGCUGAAGUGCAGCAGUUGGAUAGUUUUCUUUGUCUCUACAAACAGCACAUAACUGAGCUUAUGGAAUGGGUGUCAGAGUCGUGUGAUUGUUGGACAAGCUAUUCUCCAGAGCCGUUACAGUUGGAUGUCAUUGCAACUCAUUCAGGUCCUGUCAUAGGUGAAGCUCUAAAUAACUUUAUUCCCAUUCUUACGACGUGUCUUCAGCCAAAUAAGGAUCCCCAGAUGCAGUUAAAACUUUUCACUGUAUUAUCAGAGUUGCUCCAGGAAGCAAAUGAAACCAUCAAUUCUCAAGGGCUGUUCCCUAGUUACCUUGAGACUGUGAUAAAAGACAUACUGGCCCCUAAUCUGCAGUGGCAUGCUGGAAGAACUGCAGCUGCCAUCCGCACUACAGCUCUGUCCUGCCUUUGGGCUCUUACUCACUGUGAGAUGCUGUCACCAGAGGAGAUGUUAAAAGUCAAAGAUGGCCUAAUGCCCCAAAUCAUUGCCUCUCUGGAUGAAGACUCUAAAAUUGCUCGGCUGUUGGCUUGUCGUAUUGUUGGUGUCCUUCUCAAAGUCUGUGGGAGGCAGUUUGAUGAAGAGAAUUUUACCAAAACUUACACAGAAGUUUUAAAGCGUCUGGAUGAUGCUUCAAGUGAUGUACGAGUGACAGCUGCUCAAACCUUAACUAACUGGUUUAAAUGCCUGAAGGACAGUGCUGUGAAGUCUGCAAUGGAAACUCACAUUGAGUAUCUGUACCAAGAACUUUUGAUACAUCUCGAUGAUCCAGAUGAAAACAGCCAAAAUGCAGUCCUUGAAGUUUUGAAAGAAGGAAGUGUUUUAUACCCAGAACUGCUUGUGAGAGAAAUUGAAGGGGUUGUACAUAAGCACCGAACACCAGUCUAUUGUAAUCAACUACUGCAGCACAUUCAGUCAGCCAGAGAAUCAGCUUGAUGAAUCUGAAAUUCUUUCCAUUGAUCUGUGUGUGAAAUCUGUAUGAUCUGGAUUACUUUCAUAUUUUCAUCUGCUUAAGAAAGGCUGAGCACUAAAUAGAUUGUUUUUUCGUUGUAAGUUUGCUGUUAGCUCAUUUAGAAGUCAGAUUGGCACAAUUCUGUGUUCUUUGCUAUUUGAACAGCUCUUUGUAUUUGCUAGCAAUAAAACAAUGUGUUAAUUCACUUUGCUGUGGGAGUUUUUCAGAUACCAGGUUUAAAGGAUUUUGACACUAUUUAUAAUUCAGAAAGAUAAUUUAUUUAACAAAGUAAUAGUCUAACAUCAAAGUUAUUAACAUAAUUCAGUGAGGACUCAGUCUUUCAAGGGGCAUUUCAAACUCUGGAUAACAUAAAAACCAGGUCUGUAAGGAUGAGUUUUAUCAUGGAAAAAACCAGCCAAACUUCUCUUGCAUAAUGCAGCAAAAAUUUUAUAAUGUACUCACACUUAUUUUGCUGGUAUAAUAGGGACAUAUUCUGAGUAGGUGUCACUAAAGAAAUAGUUUUUAUCAUUGUGUUACAUUUCAUGACUGAGAAUAAAACUAACCUUUUUAAAAUUAAGUUUUAUACAUGGGAGGAAAUGUGCUGUUUUGUCACUUAGCCUCACAGUAUUUAUAUUUUUGUAUUAAAUAGACUGCAUUUGCAGUUUCUAUGUUUGUGCCAUUGUGCCUUGGAAAACAAUGCAUUUGUUUGCAUAUUACUUUGAAAUUAAAUUCUGCAACAUUAGGUUAAAUCUUGGUUUAUUUUUUUAAAAGACCUCUGUAGUGUGCAAGUUUUAGUGUCAUCUUACAUGCUCAGCUGUGUAAUAAAGUAAGUGAGCUCCUA